CUUUACUCGGCGCCAUAGCCAAUGGCGCCGAGGUAACACAGCUCGGCGCCAUAGGCUAUGGCGCCGAGGUGCGUGUUACGCUGGCACAAACGGACAUCGUGGCACCGACGUGGCACCGACAUGGAACCGAGCUCGGCGCCAUAGAUCUUGGCGCCGAGCUCUAUUAUGUACACAAAACUUGUCUAGCUCAGUUGGUAGAGCUCAAGGCUUUUAACCUUGUGGUUGUGGGUUCAAGCCCCAUGAUAGGCAUGUUUUCAUACUUUUUUUUUUGUCUUUGACACUGAUUUUUUUGUUGUCCAGAUUUUUCGUUUAUGUCGCUGAUUUGUCCGUCUAGAUUUAUUUCUUAUCCAGAUUUUUUGUUUUUGUGACUGAUUUAUUUAUCCGUGCAUAUUUUUUUCGUUUAUUAAGCUUAAGGAAACGUACUUACAUUGGUUAGCGGCCACCGGUUUAGCUAUGGUGCAUCGUGGUUUUUUCGUUUAUGCCGCUGAUUUGUCCGUCCAAAUUUAUUUCUCAUCUUGAUUUGUUUUUGCUUUUGCGACUGAUUUAUUUAUUACAUUUUGUUUAAUAGUACUGAAUAAUCCGUCUGGCCCUUGGUGCAUUGUAAACCCCACAUGCUUAAGCUUGAUUCCGUCCUCUCGCUAAUUACAAGUGAUUUUAAACAUUAAAUAAUAUACUAAAAACAGAAGUACACCAUUUAAAAUGUUAAAAAUAUUUAUAUCAUAAACAAAUGAUUGUGUUAAUCUUACAUUAGUAGUGAUGUACAAUGAUAAAUUUUAAUUAAUAUUAAAAAGUAUAAUUUCGAAUACAUUAGAUUAUUGGAGUUUUAGAGUCCAAAAUAUAAAUAUACUUAAUAAACAAAAAGAUUAUAAUUAGAGUCCGGUAUAAAUAAACAGUGACUUGAUGAUUUUAUAAAGUACUUUGUACUUCCAUAGGGUGGGUUACUUAUGUGCAUGGUACUUGCGUCACGCAGUUUGAAUAAACAAAAACAAAAACAAAAAAAAUAUCUAGAUGAAUAAAUAAAUCGGUCACAAAAACAAAAAAACUAGAUGAAAAAUAAAUCUAGACGGACAAAUCAGCGACAUAAACGAAAAAUAUAGACAACAAAAAAACAAAUUAGUGAUAAAAAAAUACGUCCACGAUGGAGCUUGAACCCACAACCUCAAAGUUAAAAGUCUUGCACUCUACCGACUGAGCUAGACAUACUUUGCUGUUACAUAUCCGAGCUCGGCGCCAUAGAUCUUGGCGCCGAGCUCGAUACCACGUUGGCGCCACGUCGUUCAGGUUGGGCCAGCGUAGCACGCACCUCGGCGCCAUAGCCUAUGGCGCCGAGCUGUGUUACCUCGGCGCCAUUGGCUAUGGCGCCGAGUAAAGGGUCCAAAAAUGACAUUAAAAUUUUCUAAGGUCCAAACGUGAAUUUUUUUCUGAGGAAGGGCUAAAAUAUAAAAAAUUCGGUGUGUUUGUCGCUCGGUAGCCAGAGCCGGCCUGGGCCUGGCCUCCGCUCUUUCUCUUCCGCAUUGGCCAACAAGGCAAAGAGGGAACAAAACAACCGCCCUUGCAAGUGGGUCCAUUACUCCAUUCCAUCACAAUAGAACGGCAGCAACAAGGCCGCCACAGAGACGCAGACGCGAUCGCCGCCGGCCGUCCCCGCCCAGUGCGCUCUCGCGCUACACGUGCCAUGCCGCACGCAGCAAUGAGUAGCCGCCGCCGCCGCCGCCGCGGCGCUUAGCAAGCGACGAUGGAGAUGGCGAGCGCGCGGAGGAGGGCGAAGCCGCCGCAGGCGGUCGGCGGAGGCGGAGACCAGCUCGCGCUGUGGGCCGCCUGCGUGCUGCUCUCCUCGCUCUCGCUGCUCGUCGCCGCCGCCUUCUCCACGGGCUUCGGCGGGGCCGCGAGGCUCACGCUCGAGGCCGGCCCGGACCGGGACCGGGAGGCCGCGGGUGCGCUCGUGACGAGGGCAACUGGCGCCGGCAGCGGGAGGUACUGCGACGAGGACGACGACCUGAUCGACAGCAUGUCCGUGGACGGGGAGUGGGUGCUGCUGCGCGGCGCCGCCGAGCGGCUCUACGGGCCCGGGCAGUGCCCGUUCGUCGACGAGGGGUUCCGGUGCAGGGAGAACGGCAGGCCGGACGGCGACUACGCCGAGUGGGCAUGGCGGCCGAGGCGCUGCGCGCUGCCGAGGUUCCUAACUGCCAAGUGGUCGUGGUCAAGUCCCAAGCAUAUGCAUGCAUCAUAUAUAUUUGAUGUGUGUAUGCGUAUCAGAUUCGACGCGAGGAGGCUGCUGGAGAUGCUCCGGAACCGGCGGCUGGUGUUCGUGGGCGACUCCAUCGGGCGGAACCAGUGGGAGUCCAUGCUGUGCAUGCUGGCCUCGGCCGUCGCCGACGACAGGGACAAGCAGGCGAGCCCGGGCGGCGCCAGCAUAUACGAGGAGAACGGGAGCCCCAUCACCAAGCGCAAGGGCUUCCUCUCCUUCCGGUUCCGCGACUACAACUGCACCGUGGAGCACUACCGGUCGCCGUACCUGGUCCGCCGCGGCCGCCCGCCGCGCCACUCGCCGAAGCGCGUCGCCACGGCGCUCCGGCUGGGCUCCAUGGACGCCAUGGCGCCCCGGUGGAAGGACGCGGACGUCCUGGUGUUCAACACGGGACACUGGUGGAACCACGAGAGGCUGCAGCAGUUAGGAUGCUACUUCCAGGACGGCAAGACGUUGCGGCUCAACAUGAGCGUGGAGGACGCCUACGAGAGGGCGCUGAACACGCUGCAGAAAUGGGUCCAAAAGGAAGUGAACACAACAAAAACGCUGGUCGUCCUACGAACAUACUCGCCGGCACAUGUAAGGGCGUCAAACGGUGGUGGAGGUGGGUGUGUCAGGGAGACGGCGCCGGAGCUGAACACGUCGAGGAUCGCGCUGCACCGGUGGCCGGGCCUGCUCAACCCGAGCCCGGCUUUAAUUGAAGCGGCGAAGAAGCGGCAGCUGGCGACGAUGCACGUCCUGAACGUGACCCUGAUGACGGCGCAGCGGCGGGACGGCCACCCGUCGGUGUACAACGUCCGCCUCCCGUCGCCGGCGGCGGCGCAGGAGCAGGUGACGACGAGGGCGGCCGACUGCAGCCACUGGUGCCUGCCAGGCGUGCCGGACGCGUGGAACGAGCUCCUCUACGCUUUGAUUCUACAUAGGACUAGGACUACGUCAUUAGGAGGUUCAGACUGAGGUGUUUUUUAUUGGUUAUAAUUUAUUUAUAGAGGAACUAUAUAUAUCUUCUAAUAAUAAUGCUAAUGAUGUGUCCGGCCCA